ACCCAUCAGCAAGGGACUUCUGGGUUGCUGGCGGAAUGUUUAAGGCGGGCACUUCAGCGACCCAGGUGUUUUAGGACAACGUCCGCGGUUCGGCUGCCCCGUUAUCACCAUAGCCUACUAUAACAACACAUCAGCCUUAACUGGUGUCUAGCCUGCUUUACCUUCGAUGGUCAGUCGUCGGCGCUUGCAUGCCCUACAGCUUCACUGAAGUUAGUUGGGAUAGUUUUCCAAAAGUUCGGAUUUACAAUGAAAGCCAAGACUGGGGUCAUCCUAGUCUUGUUCGCUGCUUUCGUUAAUGUUGCAGCACAGGAUGCUGAAGCCGGGCAAAAUGUUGUGGAAGAGUUAUUUGUGGAAACCUUGGUGAAACCCGAAACUUGCUCUAUAAUGUCAGAAACGGGAGACACGCUAGAAAUCCACUAUACGGGUAAAUUGCUGGCGGAUGGCAAGGUGAUUGACUCAUCCCUGUCCCGGGACCCCCUUGUUGUUGUGCUGGGAAAGAGGACCGUUAUCCCUGGUCUGGAACAGAGCUUGGUAGGAGUUUGUGAAGGACAAAAAAUCAAGACCACUAUUCCACCACACCUUGCCUAUGGAAAGAGAGGAUACCCUCCCACCAUCCCAGCUGAUGCUGCUCUAGAGUUUGAGGUGGAGGUGAUGUCACUGAUCCAGGCAACCCCAUGGCAGAAGAUUGUGAAUGAUGUCUUUCCCCUAGUGUGUCUGGGCCUGGUUCCCACUCUGCUGGGCAUGGUGGGCCUCUACCUCUAUAACAAGGCCAACGCCCAGCGGCCAGGCAAGAAGAAGGCCAAGGACAAGAAGAGCAAGAAGAAAUAAAGGAAACUCACAGAACUAUUUAAAUAAUAAAAUGUAAAAACAA